UCCGGUGGUAACGAGCGUCCUCGCAUUCUUGACGCCGCUCGUCGCCGCCGUCGUUUCCGCCCUCGUCGCUGUGGCCCGUCGCUGCAUGAGGUUGGGCCGGCCCGUUCAGCCCGGCAACGUUCCCAUCGGUCUGGCCGAAGCACAGCACGCAGAGCUGGGCGCCGGGCGUGUGGAUGCGGCGCCCUUCCCGCUGUGGCGGCGCGCUCGACCCCGCCGACGACCCAAGAGGUAGCUGCCCGGAGCAGCCGUUCACCCGAGAGCCGAACGCUGAGGUCGUCGAGUCGCGGCCUCUUCCUGGACAAGUCCCUGGGCAGCCAUCUCUUCUCGAGUAAUCGCUCGUCCAAUUAGGCAGACCGACCUGCUCGAAGACAUAUCGAGUGAGCCCGGUGACACUGGCCUCCUGGGCAGCAAUUGUUCCGGCCGGCCGACCGGGCGUCCGGUGCCAGCGGCUCGACUGGCGCUCUCCAGCUGAGCUGCGUGCAGCGAGGAAGACGAAGAGCACAGCCAGCGGAGCCCGCGCUGAACGGCGGCCAUGCCGGCUGCCGACCGCGGCCGCCAGCGCGCCAGCAUCACCGCCGCGCCACGCAAGAGCUUUUGGGCGAGGCCAGGAAUCAUCAAGGCUGACGAGAUCACACGGAAGGCGGCCGACGAGAUGCUCUCCCUGGCAGCGAGCCACUGCCGCGUGGGCUUCGUCGAGAGCUUGCGGUCGACCAAGGAGACCGAGGUGGCCAUCAUCGAGCUUCCAGCGGCGGUGAUGUCUGCGCACGGCGACCUUCCCGCGGCAGGGGACGUCGUGCUGCCUGGCAGUGGCGGCUCCAGCGAGCGACUCGACGUCAAGGAUGAGCCCGAGAAGACGGAAAGCCUGUGCGUCACGUGUGCCCAAGUCUUCCUGCCUUUCCUCCUGGCUGGCAUGGGCUCUGUGGCGGCCAGCCUUCUACUAGACCACGUCAAGGACUGGCCCGUGUACUCGGCGUACAGGGAGCUGUUCGUGCUGAUUCCGCCGCUGCUGGGCCUCAACGGAAACCUCGAGAUGACUCUGGUGGCGCGCCUGAGCACGCAGAUCCACACAGCCAGCAUCAAACAUGGCGAAGAAAAACACGGCGAAGUUAACCUUGACCGGCUGAAUACGGUCAAAAGCCAACUCCGACAAGCAGCUGCCAACAUGGCUCUCUUGCAGUGCCAGUCGACGGUGGUGGCACUGGUGGCGUGCGGGCUGGCGCUGGCGAAAGGCUUAGCGCGGCACGGCGGCGCCAUCACUCCGCUUUACGCCUGCAUGCUGUGCGCCUGCGGACUCGCCGCAGCCAACGUGGCCAGCAUGGUGCUUGGCGCGUUCAUGACGACCGUGGUCCUGGUGGCGCGGCGUUGUGGCCUGAACCCGGACAACGUGGCGGCUCCCAUCGCGGCCUCGUUGGGAGACCUGACGACACUCACGCUGCUCUCCACCAUCAGCUCGAGGCUGCUCGACUGGAAAGACUCCCCUUUGAUGACUCCAGGCGUGGUGCUGCUGAGCCUUCUCCUGCUGCCCGUCUGGUUCUUCUUGGCCUUCAAACACGAAAACACACGCUCUGUGCUCAAGGUCGGAUGGCCACCCAUACUCGCAGCCGUAAUGGUAUCCAGCUUCGGCGGCUACAUCUUGGACUUUUCUGUGAUUCGUUUCGAGGGCAUCGCUCUUCACCUCUCCGCUGUAAACGCCGUGGGCGGUAACCUGGCGGCCAUUUACUGCUGCCGACUGUCGACGUUCCUGAGCCGGCGUGUCGAGACGGGAGUGCUGCCGCCCGAGGACGCGUCCCGGUGUGCCAACCCGUUGGUGCUGUUCGCUGGUUCUUCCGAGGUCGGCCGCGUGGCGCGCAUCCUGCUGCUGGUGGUCAUACCGGGACAGCUCAUCUUCCUCACCGCCACCGACCUGCUGCGAUACGGCUCGUUCAACGUGACACCGCUGUUUGGAUUCCUAUACGUACUCGUCGCCCUCGUGCAGGUGGCCAUCCUACUGUUCCUGUCCCGAUCACUGGUCUAUUGGCUCUGGUGGUGGCGUGUGGACCCUGACAACGCGGCCAUCCCUUUCAUCACGGCCGCGGGCGACUUCACCGGCACGGGCCUGCUGACCGUCGCCUUCUUCGCCCUGGAGUCCGUCGCAGAUCCUGCCGUCACUGGCUGACAGCCCGCUGGUCGGGCUGGCGCCACACACCGCUUGGACUCGGCACCCGAGACCGGCUUGGUCGCUGCGAGGGAGCCACGAACGACUGUACAUAGCCACAGAACACUCACCGAUCUCGCUCUCACAAGAGACAAAGAACAACUCUGCCCCCUGGAGGGUCCUGCCUUCGUCGCCACGAGGUCAGCUCAAGGCACCGAGAGAAGCUAGUCUACGUAGCAUGCCCACCUGGGCAGUCCACACCGUGCAGGCCCUGAGCUGGGAAUGCAAGGUCACCCCGCAUAAACACAAGCGUCCUUGAUUUCAGUUCCUUUUCUUCAACAGUCCAAUCAAACUGAAUUAAAGAAGCAUCCACACCGGCCAAAGCAUUGUCAUUUGUAA